AGUGCUCCAUCCACUAUCACAUCACGAUCACGAUCAAGCAGUCACGGCCCAUGAUGCACCGUGCCACGAUCAUCGCGCUGAUCGGCUGCCUUCUCGCCGGCGGCGGGGUUCGAGCGCAGCAGCAGGAGCAGCAGAGGUUUGACUACCCGGCGGCGAGGGCGCCCACGACCUGGGCCAACACGGACGCCGGCCUGCCGCACCACGUCGUCUACACCGACGGCUCCGUGGCGCGCGUCGCCCUGCUGCGCCUCAACCCGGCCGGCUUCGGCCCCUCCUUCGCCUUCGGCUUCUUCUGCACCAGCAGCCACGGCGCGGCCCCGUGCGCCGGCUUCCUCCUCGGCGUCGCCGUCGUCUACUGCAACAGCGGCGCGCUCAUCACCUCCGUCACGACCGGCGUCCCGCAGGUCGUCUGGUCCGCCAACCGCGCCAGCCCCGUGGGCGAGGGCGCCUCCGCGGAGCUCACGCCUGAGGGUGAGCUGGUGCUCAGAUCGGCCAACGGGUCGGCGGUGUGGUCCGCCGGCGCCAAGGGCCGGUCCGUCGCCGGGGUGACCAUCGGCAGCGACGGCAACCUGGUGCUGUUCGACGGGCUCAACGCCACGGUGUGGCAGUCGUUCGACCAGCCCACGGACGCGCUGCUCGUCGGCCAGUCGCUGAAGCACGGCGCGCGGCUCACCGCCAACGCGUCGGCGGCUGACUGGCGCGACGGCAGGUUCUACCUCACCGUCGAGGACGACGCCCUGAGCGCCUACGUCUACGCCACGCCGCCGCAGCGCUAUUUCCACCUCGGCUUCGGCGAGACCGCGGUCGGCGCCUACGCGACGUACGCCAACGGGAGCCUCACGGUCUCCGCCCGGCCCGGAGCGCCGUCAGUGGCCGUCAUCCAGCUGCCCACCGUCGUGGCGGGCACCGUGCAGUACAUGCGGCUGGAGCACGACGGCCACCUCCGGCUCUACGAGUGGCGCUCCGGCUCGGGCUGGGCGCCGGUGUUCGACGUGCUGCGCCUCUUCCCGGACGGCGGCUGCGCGUACCCAACAGUCUGCGGCGCGUACGGCGUGUGCACGGACGACACGCAGUGCAGCUGCCCCGACGCGGCCAACUUCCGGGCGGUGGACUUCCGGAGGCCCAACCGCGGCUGCGUCCCGACGAGUCCACCGCCGACGGCGUGCGGCUCCUCGUCGUCGCCGGGGCGGCGCGCGCAGCACCGGCUGGUGUCGCUGCCGGGCACGGGCUACUUCAACGACCACGCCACGAGCAUGCGGGCCGUGGAGCGGGUGGGCGAGGAGGCGUGCAAGAAGGCGUGCCUGGACGACUGCGCGUGCGCGGCGGCGCAGUUCUACUACGGCCCCAACGCCGGCGACGGGUUCUGCUACCUGCAGUCGGAGGUGUUCUCGAUGCAGACGGUGCGGCCCGAGGUGGUGCACUACAACUCCACCAUGCACAUCAAGGUGCAGGCCGAGUCAGCCAGGAUCUGAUUACUCCCACCCUGAGCACCACGAAUUAAGUUCUAUGGCAUAUAUGUUGAAAUUCCAAAGUUGACCAUGAGAAUGAAAUAAUCUUUUCUCCA